AUGUUCAAGAAGGACUUAUCUGCGGGCCCGAAGAGCAAAGUCAAGUCCUCCGUGCAGCGGGCCAUCAGGUCUAAAGUGCUCGAGACGUACCCGAAGUUAGAGCCGCACAUUGACGACAUCAUGCCCAAGAAGAGUCAGCUUGAUCUCGUAAAACUACCUGACCGGGUCUCCUUGUACGUGCUCGACGACACCCCUCUCUUCUACCAACACAUGGACGACCCCAUCAUCCCGCACCUGAAACUCGUACACCAAUACCCUCACGCCUUCAGGCGCAUAAAGAUCGACCGCGGCGCCAUUCGGUUCGUCCUAUCCGGCGCCACGCUCAUGGUGCCCGGCUUGACCUCCAAGGGCGGCUGGCUUCCGGACAAGGACGACGAAGUGAAACCCGGCGAGAUCGUGGCCGUCGAAGCCGAGGGGAAGGAAGAAAUCUGCCUGAUUGGUCAACUUGAGGUGGGCACAGAGGAGAUGAAGGCGAAGAAGAAGGGUGUUGCGAUGAGUGCUGGGCAUUAUCUUGGAGAUGGCCUCUGGAAGUUGGACCUAAGUUGA